AUGCGCGCGACGCUCGAGUCCUCGCCGGCCCUCGGGAACCUGCUCGAGUCCUGCAACCUCGAGGUCGACGACCUGCUCUGGCGCGCGAAGCCAACGAACGGCAAGAAGCCUCCGGCGCCGCCGCUCCGGCGGCCGCGGCGCGCCUCCCACGACGACGACUCGUCGGACGACGAGAUCUUCGUCAAGCCCGCGGCGAAGAAGUCCUGCAAGAUCGAGGCCGUGACGGCCUUCCCGUCGCCGCAGGAGGCGCGGAUCAGCAACCGCGUCUCCGACAACGGGUCGCCGCUCCCGCCGUUCCCGUCCUUCGACUCGCAGUGA